UCCGACUCCCGCGUGAAAAAAAUGUAAUGCGUUUAAUGGUGUGAAAGAGACUGAAUAUUCGAUAAAUUUUCGUGUAAUUUCGUUCGGAGUAAAGAUGAAAUAUUUCCACAUUCGAUGAUUUAAUCUCAAGUUGAACGCAAUAAACUUGUAUAAAGGAAGAAAUACGAGUGUUGCGCGUGACCUUCACUUGUUGCACCAUCGAGUAUGACUUUGGAAACGCAAUAAAUACUGAGUUUAUUCGUAGAUAUACGAGUGAUGUUAAAAUUACAUUUGUCAUUCGAGAAAUAUCAACGGUGUUUAUACUUUUUUGUUUGAAUUUCGCUCCAAAAUGUGGAAAUAGAAUGCAAAUAUUCAGAAAGCUUGAAAACGGCGCGUGAUUGGCCCAAGAAGCGCAUGUCAAUAACAAUGUACCAGUUUUCUAAUUUUCUCAACUGCGCACAGUCCACACGUGGUCGCGUGGUGAUCAGUACACCGAUGUUCUUACUACAAUGAGGUAGAGAGGAAGCAAAGGAGUAAGCGUGGAUAUAUAACGGCAUAACGGUGUUUUUGAUGCGAGAAAGAGACGCAAGUGCGUGCAUACUGAAACCUAGUCAGUUUCAGUACUUCACUUCGUCAGUCGACCGGUAGAGACUAAACCAUCUUCAGGUCUCUCGUGAUUGUUAUCAACGAUUGUCGCUGCUCUACCCUUCCUUCUGUGACUCCUGUAAUAUUGGCAAUGAUAAUGGACAGAACUCGGCUCACGUACGUGUCUGCGGCCGUUGUCGGGGCCGGAACCGUGGUCGUCUUCCUUUGGUGGUGGUGGUGGUCCAAAAAGCAGAAGGAGAAGCCACCCUCGCAAUGGCGAAAGGUCGGCGAGUUGAGCGACCUGAUCGUGUAUCCGAUCAAGUCGCUCGGCCCUGUUCGAAUGAACACGAUGGAGUGCACGAAGCUUGGCCUGAAAUCUGGCUGGCUAAGGGAUCGUACGUUGAUGGUCAUCGACUUGAACGGACACUUCGUCACCGGCAGGCAGAAUCCGAAAAUGGUCCAGGUUAUACCUAAAGUUUCCGGAACGAUUCUCACGCUCUCGGCACCUGGAAUGAUAUCCUUCUCCAUCGAUUUGUCUCGAAUCCAAGGGAAAGGGUUUCGCGUAGCAGUUUGGGGUCAACCUGUAUCCGCCUGUGAUUGCGGCGAGGAGGCUGCCAGAUGGUUGUCCCGAUUUCUCCUCCAGGAAGAUACCGGAUUCAGAUUGGUGUAUUAUCCACUGGAUUAUCCAACGAGAGAGAUCAGGAAGAGCAAUAAACAGUGGUUGCUGACACCCGACGACACUGGCGCGUAUCCAGAUGCUACCAGCUACUGCUUGAUAAACGAAGCAUCGGUAACAGACCUGAACACCCGAUUAGAGAAGCCGGUCAACCCGGAACAAUUUCGUCCUAACUUCGUGAUCAAAGGUGCAACCGCGUACGAAGAGGAUACCUGGGGCUGGGUGAAGAUCGGUGAUGUGAUCUUCAAAACUGUCAUGCCAUGCACCAGAUGUAUCUUUACCACUGUAGAUCCGGAGACAGGAACAAAAAAUCCAAAAGUGGAGCCGUUGAAAACUCUGAAAAGUUACAGACAAAUAAUGGAUCCAAUUAUUCGUCCGUUGGUCGGCGAGAGUCCAGUACUUGGAAUUCACCUUGGAUUGAGGAAUUCCAACGGCGUCGUGCGAGUAGGGGAUCCAGUUUACGUCGGUUUGCCCGAGGAGCAACCACUGUUGAUAUCGCCACCCUAGCUACACCGGUGGGCUUCCUGCGAGGACGAAAUUUUCGUCUUCGAGGAGGAAGCCACGGAAUCUUCGAAGGAGGAUACUUUGUCGACGGAAUUGACGUGCAGUGAGGAUUCGUGAUGAGCAUUAAUGAAAAGAAGAAAGAAAAAAAAAAAAAAGAGAGAGGGAGAAGAAGAGAAAAAGGAUGAUCGAAGUGGAUCUACGAGGACAAUCGUUUGGCGAGAAGGGAAAUUUUCUCGAUUAAUGAAAUGACGUAAUGAAUAGUGGCGUGGUAUUCAACGAUACUUUUACGAUAGUUCAAAUAUCUUUGCCAAAUAUUCCGCUUUGAUGAUGAAGCGUAAGACGUUUGAUAAGAAGUUUCUCGAAUAUCGAAUAUUUUUGCUAAGUUUUGUUAAGUAAUCAAAGUGAAUCAAAUAUUGAUGAUGAUACAAUUGAUGUCGAUACGCGUAUUCGUUUACAUUUGUAUUCGAUUAUAUAAGGAAUAAGGAAAAGAGAAGUGUUAGAAUACACUUUUGAAAUUGACAGGAGUGGUGGAAAGAAUAUUUAAAUUUUACGACAAUUUGUAUUUGUUUAUUUACACUACGAAGUAACAGAGAGAGACGAUUUACAAUAAAAGAAAUAGCACGUCGAAUUUCGAA